CUUUUGAGAGGGAGGGCCGCAGAGAGAGGUCGCCUCGCUGCGCUGGCUGGUGGCCUGCCGUCCCUUCCCUUCCGUCGCCGGUGAGAGCGAGCGAGAGAGUCUCGGAGAGGAAUGGCGGCGGUGAGGGCUCCCCUUGGUGUAGUGGCGGUGGCCGCGCUCGUCGUCGCCAUCUUCAUGCCGGCCGCGGCUGCGGCGCAGGCCCCGGCGCCCGCGCCCACCAGCGACGGCACAUCUAUUGACCUGGGCAUCGCUUACAUCUUGAUGCUGGUGGCCCUUGUGCUCACCUACCUGAUCCACCCGUUGGAUGCGUCCUCUCCCUACAAGCUCUUCUAGUCCUCCUUUCUCCAUGAUGUUAUGAGUCUGAUCGGAUGUUAGCCGUGCAAGGGAGAUUAACCUUUAAUCGAGUACGGGAGGUUUGGAACGAUUAUCUGAUCUUAAUUAGUUUUUGAUGGUCUGGUUGGUUGGAUACCUGUAUCGGAUUCCAUGAUUUCGUGCCUGGUUGUGCUUGCUGUUGCUGGAUUCUGUUUC